AAACUGACGAUUGGUGGCGCUGUUUGCAUUAUGGCGGCGUUCAGUUGUUUGUGUGCUCAUGCAGAUGCGAUGCUGAAUUGAUGAUAGGUCCCAGGCCUUAAAACAUUGUUGAGAUCUUCAAUUUUUUUAUGCUUGCCUGGGGAGCUCCUUGAGUGGGGUACCUGUGGCAUCAUGGAGACCAUACAGCAGAGGAGUCACGCCCUGAAGGAGCUACUGCUGAAGGCAUGGAGGGAGCGCUGGUCAGACGUCCAGUGGAGCACCCAGAUGAAGCAGAUCCUGCCGCCAGGGGUGUCCGGUGACGCCUACAAACUCACAGAUAUUAUCUUGACGCAAGCUUUUGUUGGGCCUAACCCAAACAGCCUGAUGCUGUCCUAUCUGAAGCAUAUCAUCGUGUCUCAGGUCGUUUCACAUACUGCAGUGCUGUCCACCAUCGUCGAAUACGACACGGUGUGCAUCACCAGGCCUUACUGCAUGAGGAGCCUUCUGGAGAUUCUAUCUGGUUGCAUCAACAGAAUCAGCUGCCAGGGUUCUAUGGAGGAGUGCCUGACUCUCUGCCAGUCCUUCCUCCGCGUGAUCCUCUGGCUCCUCCACUCUGUCUCCCUGAUGCUGGACAAGAUGCCUGACCUGCGGGACCUGCAGGUCAUGGCCUCCAACUUGGACAUCGUCAGUGAGAUCCUGCGCAUCAUCUGCACGGGCCGGGUCAACCGGCUGCUGCUCUUCAUCGCCAAACUGGAGGACAAAGCCACAUGGACAGAUAUCGAGGACGCAGUGUCAGGUAUCAGGAGCAUGUUGAGUGCAAUCCAGACGCAGACUUCCCAAGGCCAGCAGAGCAGAGGUGGUAGUUCUCAAUUGGAUCAGCUGCUGAAUACACCCAGGACCAUGCACGCUUCCCAGGGUGCUAACAAGAAGGACAAAGGCGACCGCACCACAGAGUCCCUGAGAGAGCGGCUGGAAAGGAGUCUUAGAGAAGUCCUGAGGCUGGCCCGGAUGGAGAGCAGCCCCAGCCCUUGCAGUAACAGCUUGGAGCUUAAGGCUAUGAGCAGCUGCAUAGGGGUCAUGACCUUCAUGGAGGCUGCCCUCAAUGUGACGGGUGACCUCCAGCCGUUUGUUGACCAGCUGCUGCUAGUGGAGCAGCUACAGAACCUCGCCAGAACGAGCGUGUAUCUGGAGCUGUGCCACGCCAGCCUCUUGGGCCUGAUCGACCUGCCGGAUUCCUCCGAAGAGCUCAAGUGGCUGGCAUUCACUUUCAUUAAGUUGCCUCAAAUCCUUGCCCGCCUGAAGCAGACCCCCUCACCCAGAGACUCCACAGACAAUGCCUUGCACUUCAUGAGCUGCUUUGAGCAGCUGCUGCGGUUCAAUGUGCUGAUCGACCAGGCCGACACCAAACACAACUGUGAUUGCAUGCAGCAGUUGCUACAGCAGUGCAGCAAGCUGGGACUGAUCACGGAAAACCAGCUCCGAGAACUACUCGCAGCAAGAUCGGCGACGCGCCGGGCACCUGUGCAGAGUCGAGGCAGCAGCCAUGGAUCCCAUGAUUCACCCCAACAGUUGCCCAACGCCACUCUGGUCAUCAGGGCAGAGCUCACCUCAACAAGCAUACUCAAGAAUAUGGACAUGGACUAUUCCAAGAAUCCCGACGAGCUGCUGGGGGUGCUGGGUCACAUGAUGUCCGGCAAGAGCUUUGAGCUGAUUAUCGCUGCGCUGGCCACCACGGGGAAACUGAAGAAGUUCACCGCCAAACUCAUCAAGUUCAAUGAACAAGCGUGCAAGCAGACCCAGGCCGAGGUCAGCAAGGGGUCACAGGUCAGGGCUGCACUCUUUGACAUCUCCUUCCUUAUGCUGUGUCACAUCGCUCAACUCUACGGCACUGAGAUGGUAACGUCCAAUGGUGGUGAUUCAUUCUUUGAGUCUUGGGUCCAGCAGUGUCUGCCUGACGAUAACGGUGCCAAGCCCCUGGGCUCCUUUCCAGCUGUCGAACCGUCCAAGGGAGAUGUACUUCUCAGCCAGUACCACUCAGGAAUGGACAUCAAGACUAUGCAAGCCCGUUGGAAUGAAGUUAUUGACACCAUGCCCUACAUCAUGCAGGAGGUUCUGUUUGCAUGGGAGAAUGGAGCUACAAAUGUGGAGCAGAUACAAAAGCUGAUUGACAACAUCACUAGCAAGCUCUGCUGCCUGCCAGUCUGCUGUGCGGCCUGGCUGUGCAGCCACAUUGCGGUGCUGGCCUCCACCGAGCGCAGCAGACCUCUCCGCCUUCUACAGAUCGUCUGCACCCACCAGGCGCCCAGCCAGUUGGGCGUACCCUUGCAGAUCUAUGACAAUGAGAGAAACUCCAUGAUGCAGAUCAUCAUCCGUAAGAUGUGCAGCAGCAGCCCCAUCACUUCCCAGCUGGCCAAGGCCGGCCGCGAUGCUACCCCUUCCAUGCCCCCGGCCAUCCCUGCCACCCAGGUACUGUCCUCCGUCUUUGCCCAGGUCAUGGAGCAGGGCUGCGUGGAUAGGCGAACGCUGGCCCUGGCCGACCAGCUGAUCGCCUGUGGAGGGGUGCUGUGGUUCUGCCGUGGGGUGGUGCUAGAGAUCUGCUCCUUGCACUGCAAAAAUGAGCUUACUAUGGCUGUUGAGGUGGCUUUUGCCCUAUUCCAAGUGGACAUUGAGCAGUUAACCCUGACCUUGACCAGGAAGGUCCUGCCGCGAAUCCUGGCUGAUCCAUUGAACUUUGAGAAGCUGAGCAACCCGCGAGGCCACGCUCUGGCCAGGCUCACAGUGUGGUGUAUCGCGGCAACACUGACCAACCACACCAGCUCAAGAGAUUCUAAGUGUAAGGAGAGCCCUUUCCGCCUUCUGAGAGGGCGCAAGAGAUCUCGGAUGGACUUGGACAGGGAGGACUCCAGUGUUUUGAAAGAUGAGACACGACCGUCUAAGAUCAGGCGAUUGCUGAGUGUUGGGGACGAAGACAAUGCAACAACCACACUGACAGGCUCCGUCAGUUACAGCACUGGAUUUCUUGUUGCCCAGACCCAGCAGCAGUUGAACGAACCGUUCCCCAAGGCACUUGUGUCCCUGUUCCAGCUGCUGUCAUCCCUGAUGUCCAGCAGCAUGAUUGGACCAAGGACUGAGUUUGUGGUUUCCGUCAUCACUGAGAUCAUUCACUGCAGCGAGCACAUCGCCUCAGGAGUGCUGCAGUUUGCUCCAAUCACGAUGAUGUCUCAGAUGCUGAACACAUCCAGUGGACAGUUUCUAUUGGACCUAGCCCUAGCCGUUGGCAGGGUGGACAGUAUCGUAGCCAGACGGCUUGCUGCUAAGGCACUGUGCUACAACAGGAUUGGCCGCUUCUGAAUGUGUGUCACUGGGGCUUGGGCUUCCAGAGCUGUCUAGGCCUCUGUGACUGUACCAGGGUGCUACAUGUUCAAAAUAACUUCUCUAAUGCUAUGGAAUUAUGGGCGUUUUUUAAACUGUUGUCAAUUUUUUUCUUUUGACAUUAACAUGCUCUCGUGGUUGUCAGUUUGCAGAUGUCCGUGUGAAUGUGUGUGCGACCUACAGAAGUAACAGAAGCCAGAAUGUUUGGAGAGAGUGAAGUGCCAAGUACUUCAUGUACUUCAUAUAGUCCAGGUUUCAUCUAUUUGUGGGGGCCCUGGCCAAUGGAACACCUUGAAUGGAUUUCGGUUUUCUUACACUUCUUCUGUAUAUCUCGGUUCUUUGUAACCUUGUUUUUUACGUUCAUGUAGUAGGCAUCAAAAUGGAUUAACUCCAAAUUGAGUCCCCCUCUCUCUAUCCAUACAUUGUAUUAGGGCAGUGACCCAGCUGGAGAGCAGAUGUUGUAUUUCAAAGGAUUAUGCACUCUAAAAGCUACAUUACAGUCAAAUGAUAUUUAAUGUCAACUUUUCCACUGAUUUGUUUUCCGGUGAAUAAAUAUUAAAUUGAUAUACCUCAAAGCACCUUUCAAAUCCUGUCUUUUCUUGGUGUAAGAACUUCAAACUUAACUUACAUUGAGUGAUAGAAUUUUUGUUUUGUUGGAAUGUUUAGACCACAUUGGGGACUUUGGUAUAUCCCCACAAAAUCUACUGUACAACACGUGGUCCCCAUUUGUACUGGUACAUGUACACGCAGGGAACAAGAAUGUGCCCUCCUGCGACCAUGUUGGGAAAGAUUUCCUUUGGUGGCCAAAAGUGAGGGGACUUUGACACAGGUAUGUCAUGUAUGUCCCCACAAUGUGUUAAGGUUCUCACGACAACUGCCAUGCAUCAUGAGUUGUCCCUAAAUGUUUGAAACAAGAAUGUGCCCUCAAAUUGCGAGAACUGUGGCACAUGUAUGGCCUCACGUUUUAUGUCCUCAAAAUGAGUGCUACACGUACAGUAUGUAAAACUGGAAAAGACUGUACAUUAUGCAUAAUGUAAAUGUAUGUAUGCAAAUGUACAUAUACACUGGAUGCUCACAGUACCGUAGCUGAUGCAUUGUACUUAACCAAAUUGCAAGCAGAACUCAAGUCAUCCAGUCUGAAAUGACAAGCUACAUGUACAUGUAUUUAAAAGAAGUACAACAUGUACAUAUCACCCUGUUUGGACCGCUUUCAAACACUUUUUGCCCUAAGUGGGAAAUGAAGCUAGACUUAAAAACAUAACGGCAUCCUGCUUGUUUACAUACAUGUAUGUUUGCCUAUUGGAGCUUGAUGGAUCACAUCCUACAUGUAACUCACUAUCACAGCAGUUGGAAAGUGCACAUGUAUACAAAGCGUAACAUCAUUGCGCUACUUCUCUAUUGAAGUGUGACUAGCAAGUGACUAGAUUCUGCUUGAUGGAAAUUUGCCGAAACAAAAGUCCAUUCUUCUUAACUUUUUACUACUGGGACAUCUUGUCUUCACUUUGGUAAUAAUAAAAACAACCUUUUGCUGUAAUACAUGUACUUAAUACCUUUGGUGUCAAAGGCCUGUCUGUACAAAUUAUGGAACUAAAACAAGAGCCUAACAAAGAAUAUUGGCAUGGUACUGGUAUUAUAAAGUGAAGCACGAACAAAAUGCUCUUCAGCAUAAAGAUGCUUGCCUGCACUUCCAUCUGUGAUAUGCUACAAACAUUGAACUUUCUCUGUUUAAGUUAUGAAAGAAACAUAAGGUGUUAACACAUAAAAUAAAAAAGUCCAAGCAGAUAAAAUUAACGCUUAUUUACAUUUAGUAACAUAAAUCUUGACAUACCGUCGAACUAACCUGUAAAGAUUUUUUUCCAUAGUUUCCCACGCCAUCUGCAGUGCUUCUGAUUUGCAAAUGAAAUAUUCUUGGCUUGCUCUACGAAUAACUUAAGUCAAAUAACUGUUUGCUUUUUAAGUCUAAAGGUACAAUAUAGAAUGGAAAAUUCUGAAAAUCAUUUAGUGUCUUACCAAAAAAAAGCUUCAAAACACCUUAUAGUGCAACAACAGUAAUACUGACUUUUGGUAAUUAAUGAGCAUUUUAAAACUCUGACUGGUUUACAACAUUUACGGGAAGUAUCACUUUUUCAGUGUGGGAACACAGAAAUUGGAACAGCCUGUGAAUCACAGACUUCUCUAUGAUGACCAGGCUGUGCUGAAUGCACU